GUGAAGAUAAUACAUGUUGGAUCAGGAGCUUUAGGGCUGCUGCUAGCAUACAAAGCUGAACAGCAGUUAAACAAUUACUCUCUGAUAUGUGAUGAAAAUCUAAACGACUUCAUUGGAAGAACUUGGUACGAGAACAAAUAUCCUGGAUGCGCCUGUGACGUCCCUACACUCACCUAUACAUAUACCGUUGAGACGAACUCGGAAAAUUCUAACUUCUACUCCUAUUCAGAAGAGGUUCAAACCUAUUUUGAGCGAUUCCAGGAGAAGGAUAAAAUGGCAAAGUACAUCCAUUUAAACACAGAAGUC